GUGUGUGUGUCUGUCUGUCUGUCUGAUAUGAACACACACUCUCUUCCCAUCAGGACACUGGGAACGCUCUUCGGAGGAGGAUCAUAGAAUGCUGCACGGAUCAGGAUUUCUGUAACCGAGACCUCCAUCCGACGCUGCCUCCGCUCCAGAGCUCCGAUCAGGACAGCAGCAUUGAUCACACGGCUCUGUACACCUGGGUGUUCAUCUGCUGCAUCCUGCUGAUCUUCAUCCUCAUAUACUGCUACUACAGGUAUAACCGUCAGGUGACACGGGCGCGCUACAGCAUGGGUCUGGAGCAGGACGAGACCUUCAUCCCGGCCGGAGAAUCUCUGAAGGAUCUGAUCGAACAGUCUCAGAGCUCCGGCAGCGGAUCUGGACUCCCUCUGCUGGUGCAGCGAACCAUUGCCAAACAGAUCCAGAUGGUGAAGCAGAUCGGGAAGGGCCGUUACGGCGAGGUGUGGAUGGGCCGCUGGAGGGGCGAACGUGUCGCUGUAAAGGUCUUCUUCACCACAGAAGAGGCCAGCUGGUUCAGAGAGACCGAGAUCUACCAAACCGUCCUGAUGAGACACGAGAACAUCCUCGGUUUCAUCGCAGCGGAUAUCAAGGGCACAGGCUCAUGGACGCAGCUGUAUCUGAUCACGGACUAUCACGAGAAUGGCUCGCUGUACGACUACCUCAAAUCCACCACACUGGACACCAAAGCACUGCUGCGGCUGGCAUACUCCGCUGUAUCCGGCCUCUGCCACCUGCACACCGAGAUCUUCGGCACACAGGGCAAACCAGCCAUCGCUCACCGAGACCUGAAGAGCAAAAACAUCCUGGUGAAGAAGAACGGCAGCUGCUGCAUCGCUGACCUUGGGCUCGCUGUCAAAUUCAUCAGCGACACUAAUGAAGUGGACAUCCCUCCCAACACGCGGGUCGGCACCAAACGCUACAUGCCUCCAGAGGUGCUGGACGAGAGCCUGAACCGCAGUCAUUUCCAGUCCUACAUCAUGGCCGACAUGUACAGCUUCGGCCUGAUCCUGUGGGAGAUGGCCAGGAGAUGUGUGUCCGGCGGGAUCGUGGAGGAGUAUCAGCUGCCGUAUCACGACCUGGUGCCGACCGACCCGUCCUACGAGGACAUGAGGGAGGUGGUGUGCAUCAAGAGACAGAGACCCUCGUUCCCGAACCGCUGGAGCAGCGAUGAGUGUCUGCGGCAGAUGGGCAAACUGAUGACCGAAUGCUGGGCUCACAAUCCCGCGUCUCGUCUGACCGCCCUGCGGGUGAAGAAGACGCUCGCCAAGAUGUCCGAGUCUCAGGACAUCAAACUGUGACCCGAAAGUCACUCCGUCCCAAGAGUCUGGAGAGAAAGAGCGGCUUUAUCCUGCUUUCUGUGAAAGUUCACUCAAGCCACUCGCCCUGCUGGUCAUCACAGAUCAACUCUGACCGUCACUCCAUCAUACACCGUAAAGACUUCAAUCUGCAACUCAAACUCUCAACAUUCAUCAAGACUUUUUUUUUGAAGCAAAUUCUCAACUGAACGAUUUAAUGAAAUGCAUUUUCCAACUCGGACACACCCAACAUUACAAGUGAAGCUUUUCCUCACGUUCUCUAGAAAACAGAACCUGGAAAUGAUGGCCAGGUCUUCACGCUGUAGAAAUACGUCUUUGUAAAAUAUGAAUGUAAAUACUGACUGUCAUGAGUUUAAGAAUUUUUUUUUUUUUGCGUUGAACGUCAUGUUGCCUUGUGCCUUAUUUAACACACACACACACACACACACACACACACACACACACACACACACACAAGUUUAAUAUUUCACAGUUCUAUGUAAAUGGAGUGAUAAAUAAAUGUACGUGUUUAACAUUCCUGCCCCUUUAAUAAAGUCAACUCAAUUCUGA